CUCGUUCCACCACCCAUCAGAAAUUGUAUCCCCAAUUCGUCGCCGUCCACGCUUUUGCUACUGCCGGCAUUGCUUUUUUUGUUUCAAUAUUGCUACUGAUUUUGUGCUCUGAAAUUCAACAAACCUUUGCAUUUUAGUUUUGUCGCCACAAUUCCGUAUAAAUUUAUAGAUUCUCAGCAUCUAAAAUUCUAUUAAUUUGACUACCACGACCUAGAAGUUCUGAUUAAUGUAUACUUUAGGUUUAUGCCCAACCUCAUUUACUGCCCAUUUGGUGGAAUUGGUGAGAAAAGAAAAGAGACUAGGAGGAAAAAGAAAAGAAAGGAUUAUGAUUGGGAUAAAAGUAAAGAGAACAAGAGAAUGGGAAGGAUAAUGGUAUGGAAAAUAGCUAAUUAUUUCGUUAACUGUUAACCCCUUUUGUUAUUUUGUCAGCCCUAAAUUUCUUCAUUCAACCCUUAAAUGUACCAACUGGAACUUGCUAAUUAGGUACUUCGUAAUCGUCUAGAGUUUAGUCAUUUUUGGAUUAUCCGUACAUUGUUUUUUCAAGAAUUAAGGAAACUACCAUGAAGAAAUCCACAUUUUUCUUGAGGGGGAGAAGGUAGCUUAGCUUGCUAUAAUUGUAUGAUUGGCCAAGGUUUGCCGCCAAUAUUCUUAUCCCAAUAUCCCUAUGCCUAAUAUUCUUAUAUUAGCUAGACAAUGUGAAAACUGCUAAACUAGCCCUUAGUGUUUGAUUUGAAGAUUGAUGCUGAUUUGGUGAUUCCAAUUAUUUUAUCCAUUCAACAUUUCAGAAGUUUUCAAGCAAGUUUGGACUUUGGGGAUGUAAAAAGGUUGAAACCAUUAAAUUGCAGCAGUGGAUGAUCCAGUUCCAGAUGUGGUCAGUCUGGUCCAGUAGUCCAAAUUGAAGACAGAAGAGGAUCUAAUUCUUUUUUUUGGAUCCACCACUCUUGUCUGAGUGUCUGGUUCAGCUAACGCCAUGAACAACAGCUCUUGGCAGCACAGAGAGCUCAUAUGCCUCAUUCUCUAUGCUCUUGUCUUCUAUGUUAUCAUAAUUCGUCGCUCCCUCCACCUUUCCCAUGAUCAUUAUGGAAAACUUUAUGGUUUGCGUCCUGGUUGGAUUGGGGGUUGGUAUAAUGAUGUCUCCGAUGCACAAUGGAGAAAUUUCCAUGCAAAUUUACCCAUUCUUACGGUCAUUUUUGGUAUUUUUACAAUGGUGGCCAAUAUGAUGAGGGCAUUCUAUCAUCUAAAAGCAAAGGGAAUGUCAAUUGUUUGGCUUUUGAUAUCUUCGGCUUAUUUAUCGUACUUGCACGGAGCUUGCAUCAUCUUUGUCCUCUCUAUUGCUGUAGUUAAUUUUCUCCUAGUAAAGAUAUUUGGAAAGAAAAAGUACUUCCCAUUUGUACUUUGGGGUUUCAACAUAUCUGUUCUUAUAUGUAACCGUGUUUUUGAGGGUUAUCGGUUCUCCAGUAUUGGGCAGCAUUGGGCUUAUUUGGACAACUUCCGGGGUACCUUUAGAUGGCAUAUCUGCUUUAAUUUUGUUACUUUGCGCCAGAUAAGCUUUGGGUAUGAUUAUCAUUGGGCAUGUUGUAGUUCUCGGUUGGAUCAAAAGAAGCACAUUCAAAGUUGCCCUAAAUGUUCAUCAGGACAAACAUGCUACCUGCUAUUACAGGAGAGAAACCUCCAGAACAAUAAUUUCUCCUUGGCUGUAUACCUAUGUUAUUUGGUAUAUGCUCCCCUCUAUAUUGCUGGACCAGUUCUAAGCUUUAAUGCAUUUGCAUCACAGUUAGAUACGCCUCAGAAAAAUUAUUCACUCAGGGAAGUGGCUUGGUAUGGGUUGCGCUGGGUUUUUAGUCUCUUACUAAUGGAACUAAUGACACAUUUAUUUUACUACAAUGCUUUUGCCAUAAGCGGCUUGUGGAAACAGUUAUCUCCCAUGGACGUUUUCAUCAUUGGAUACGGGGUUCUUAACUUCAUGUGGCUCAAGUUUUCUCUAAUCUGGCGCUACUUUCGCUUCUGGUCGCUGAUCAGUGGCAUUGAGGCGCCUGAGAAUAUGCCAAAGUGUAUAAAUAAUUGCUACAACUUAAAUACUUUUUGGAAAAGUUGGCAUGCUUCUUUCAACAAAUGGCUUGUCAGGUACAUGUACAUUCCUCUUGGUGGUUCUCAAAGAAAGUUGCUCAAUGUAUGGGUUAUCUUCACAUUUGUCGCCAUAUGGCAUGAUUUGGAAUGGAAACUUCUUUCGUGGGCAUGGUUAACAUGCGUAUUCUUUGUCCCAGAAAUGAUUGUGAAAUCAGCAGCAACUUCUUUUCAGGCCCCCGGUGCUUUUGGGGAGUUUGUUUUUCGUGAACUUAGUGCACUUGCCGGUGCUAUCACAAUAACUUGUCUCAUGGUGGCUAACCUUGUUGGUUAUGUUAUUGGACCGUCAGGCAUGAACUGGUUGAUUUCUCAAUUCCUCCGAAAAGAAGGCCUACCUACUCUUGGAGGCAUGUUUCUUACAUUUUAUGUUGGGACAAAGCUUAUGUUCCAUAUCCGUGACACCAAGCAAAGGAAAGACUGAAGUUAUAGGUGACAAGGUUUUUAUUUAUUGCCUAACCGUGCAGAAAAAAUACUACUUGCCAGGCCAUUUGGAGUAGAAAAGCAUGUUUGAAACAUUUACAUAGCAAAUUUUGUUUGGUAACAAAUGGUUGUUAGAAUUUGCGUUCAACGUUGUGCACAAAAUAGGGUAUGAACUGAACUGAAUUGAAUAGUGCUAGAGUAUUCGAUUCAGUUUCAAUGUU